AUGAGGACUCUUAAACUUCAGCUCGACUACGUUCUGGCGAGGAACAUUCCUCAGUCGGAUAUCCGAAAAUCUAGAGCUGUUUGGGACGUCGCGUUCGACUCUGACCACCGUCCAGUUCUUCUCAGCUUCAAGAUACGGUUCCACAAGAGAAACCGAGGAGUUCCUCUUCAACCGAAAAUCGACAUGGCAGGUCUGAAAGACGAUGAAUGCAGAAGAAAAUUCCGCCAACUUGUGUCUAUUCAUGUUGGAGUACGGACCAGGAAGAAGCUUACCGAUGCGGAUUCCUUCACAAAGUGCAUCCAGGACGCUGCAAGGGAAACGCUUCCGGUUCUAUUGUCGCGGAAGAAUUUUGCCUUUGCAUCUGCGCAAACAAAAUCCACAUACAAUUCUGUAUGUGUCGCGCGCAGUGCUGGUGACUUCAACCAGGAAAAGCGUCUUAGAAGGAAGCUGCGUCGUCAACUGCAACAAGACCGCGAUAACGACUGGACGUCAAGAGCGAUGGAGUUUGAGAAGGCGUGGGAGGACAGGAACCCGCGGAAAGCCUAUGCUCUACUAAAACAGUAUAGCGGCAAAAUGAAAAGAUGUUCCCAUGUCCUCAGCACUGCUAAUGGGGUAGCUGUCGGUGAAGCAACCCUUCCAAUUUGGAAGGAACACUUCAAGACCUUGCUGAACCGGCUAGCACCGUCAGCUCCUGAACUCGAACACGUUCAUAGACCGACAUAUGCGGUUAACGAGGAGCCACCGACCGAGUCGGAGGUCCUGGUCUGUAUUCAAAAAAUGAAGAAUGGAAAAUCUGGUGGAGACGACGGGAUUAGCGCAGAAAUGCUAAAAUAUCUUCCUCCGUCUGGGAUUCGUGAGAUGACAAAGAUCAUCCGUUCAAUAUGGAUAAACGAAAGGAUACCUGAUUCGUGGAGACAUGCUAUCAUAAUUCCCCUCCACAAGAAGUUAUUCGUCACAGACCCAAGGAAUUAUCGAGGAAUCUCUUUGCUGCGUGUUAUGUACAAGGUACUGGAGCGCAUUAUCCUGGACCGACUCAUUAAACAUCGCGAAGAAACAACGCGCGACGAGCAAGCUGGCUUUCGUCCUGGCCGAUCUACGAUUGACCAGGUGUUCAUCGUCAGGAGAGUGAUCGAAAUCUGGCAGCGGUAUUCGAAGCCAAUGCAACUAGCGUUUCUGGACUUUGAAGCCGCUUUCGACUCUCCUCACCGAGACCGUCUUUUCAACGCGCUUCGCGCCGAUGGAGUACCAGGAAAGUUCGUUCGCUUGCUUGAUGACAUGAAUCAAGGAACAACUGCUGCAGUUCGAACACCAACCGGAUGUAGAACACUGUUUGAAGUGGUAACUGGAGUAAGACAAGGAGCGGUGGCAGGACCCUUCCUAUUCAAUUUCGCCAUCGACGACAUUAUGCGAAGAACAGUCGACCAGUGUCCUGCCGACCUUGUCUUAGCACCAUCAGGGUACCCCUUGACUGACCUCGAGUACGCCGACGAUGUUGUUGUAUUCGCGGAAAGCAGUACGAAACUUCAGCAUGUUGUCAACCUUGUAUCGAAGCUGGCUGCAGCCUACGGACUACGCCUACACCCUGAUAAAUGCAAGCAGAUGUGGAUCUCUUCGAGACCUCGAACGGGAAUCAGGGUGGACGGACAACCGAUAGAACUCGUCGAUGAGUUCUGUUACCUAGGCUGUACGCUGAAGAACAAUGGCAGCUACGAGAGAGAUGUUCAGCAAAGAUGCGCUAAGGCCACUUCUGCAUUUAACUCCUUAACGAAAUGUCUGUGGUCGACCCCCAUCACCAACGAAGUCAAGCUGCGAGUCUACCUAUCCGCAAUUCGCCCCAUCAUGAUGUACGGAUUGGAGACUUGGGCAGCACCAUCAACGGUUAUGAAGAGGCUUGACUGCACGGAACGACAGCUGCUUAGACGGCUACUUGGCUACUUUUGGCCUAGGGUAUGCCACAAUGAAGAUCUUUACGCAGAAAUUGAUGUGGUUUACCGGCGGAUGACACGUGGAAGAUAUCAACAUCUUGCACCGCCCUCGAAAGCGGCUAAAGUAAAUCGUCUUCGCUUCUUUGGUCAUAUAUUAAGGAGACCGGCAGAUCGCCUUGUCCAAUGA